AUGCGGAGAGGGGAAGAAGAAGAGAAAGGGGCGUGGCGGUGUGGGUUGUCGCCGGAGGUUAUGGUGAAGGGAGGUGGCUGUGGCGGUGCUGAGGUGAUGGUGAUGGAGGUUAUGGAGGUUAUGGUGAUGGUGAUGGUGAAAAAGAUGAAGAUGAUAAUGGUGAAUGGUUGGCUCAGAUUGGGGGGAGGGUUUGGGAGUGCCACAUACAAAGUCUCGAGGGAAGUUGGGGCAGCAGAGGCAGGGCAAAAUAUUUUUUUAAUGUCUUCUUGUAGCAGAAUGAUCCACAAGUUGGAUGCAGAGAAUGAAGAGAAUUUUAACGUCUCCGAGGAUAUCGAAAAUUGUGAUGCAAUGGAGACGCCGGUGGAUACAGAGAUGAAAGCAGAGGCAGAGGAGUUGGAGGGAGAAUCACCGGAUGAACGGCACGGUGAGCAAAAUGUCAGUGCUGAACAUGUAAUGCUUAGUCGUGCACAGAUAUUAGAGAUGAAGUUCACUAACCCGGAUGAGAAAGCCGAUAGCACCAGUUGGUAUGUGUAUCGUUUUGUUGAUGAGCAUAACCACGACCUUCUUCCAGCAAAGUUUGUGUCAUACCUGCCAGCUUACAGGAAAAUAUCAGAUGUUGAUGUAGCCCACAUCGAAAGUUUGAGGCAAGUUGGGAUUUCAAUUCCAAAAAUUUAUGAGUCUAUUGCUGCCCAGGUUGGGGAUGAGCAACAAAUGUGUGAUCUGUUUUGGAGUGAUGGGUGUAGUCAACAUGAUUACAAAAUAUUUGGUGAUGUUUUGGCAUUUGAUGCGACGUAUGGGCGAAACAAGUACAAUCUGCCGGUGAUUGUAUUUUUCGGGGUGAACCACCACAACCAAACAUGUGUCUUCGGCGCAGCCAUGGUGUCUUCUGAAACACAAGCGGCAUAUGUGUGGGUGUUGGGAAGGUUUUUGGAGUGCAUGGGAGGGAAAGCACCUAAGGCAGUUAUCACUGAUGGGGAUAGAGCAAUGCGGCUGGCCAUUCAAGAAGUGUUUCCAGAAGCUCAUCACAGGCUUUGUGCAUGGCACCUACUGAAAAAUGCAACCGUGAAUGUGUGUAAGCCUCGCUUCACAACUCUGCUUAGAAAUUGCAUGCUUGCCGAUGUUGAGGUUGAGGAGUUUGAGAGACAAUGGGAGGCAAUGAUGGAUGAAUGUAGGGUGUGGGAAGUAGAGUGGGUAAAAGAUUUAUAUGCUAAGAAGAUGUCAUGGGCAAUGGCGUACAUAUGCGGAUGCUUUUAUGCUGGGCUGAGGACAACAUCUCGAUGUGAGUCACUGCAUGCGAAAAUGGGGAGGUUUGUGGAGAGGCGAUACGGAAUCCUGGAGUUUGUGACGAACUUCCAACGGUGUGUUGAUUUCCUAAGGGAUAAUGAGGAGGAGCUUGACUUUAGGUCGUUGUAUGGGAGCCCCGUGCUCCAAACUCAGUUUUCAGAGCUAAAGAAGUCAGGUACACUGAACUACACGAAGGAAAUAUUUUUGCGUUUUAGAGAUGCGUUGGAGAGAAGCGUGCGGAUUACUAUUGUAGAGUGCAACAAAUUGGACAAUCGGACAGUUUAUGUGACACAGAAGUAUCGUAGGCCACAAUUCCGGUGGACUGUUGCCCACCAUUUUCGAGAGGAUUCCUUUUUUUGUAGUUGCCUAAGGUUUGAGUCGUUCGGACUACCUUGUGUGCACAUACUUGCGGUGUUGGUGCAGUUGGACAUAGGUUGUCUUCUGGAGAGCAUAGUAAUGGAACGCUGGUCAAAGACUUGCAAAGUUGAGCUGGAGGGGUCUUCCCCCAUGAACGAAGAGGGGGAUGUGAAUGCAUUAUACAAGGUCCGAGUGGGUGCUUUCCUGCAGCAUUGUAAGCGGUUGGCAAGAGUUGCGUGUAUGCGAGAGAAUGAUUUCAAGAGUUAUUUGGAGAAGAUAGUUGAAGAAACGCUUUCUUGGAAAUGA